UCGCUUGUGCUUGCCGGUGAGACUAGGCUGGCCAGGCUACAGAAGUACAGAUCGAUCAACCACUCCAUGAUCCAGGUCAUGGCACUCCGCACUAUGUCUACACUUCAAACAUCGAUGAGAUCUAUUACAGGACUCUGCAAACAGAAUAUCAGACAAGGUUUCCUUAGACCUGGCUGUGCCACCAUCUUUCCAAGAAACUGCACAGGAAAGUACCAAUCUCAUAUUGGACAGCUUCCAAGCAGGGUAACAUCAUGCAGAAAGAAACAAGUACCUGACUUCCAAGGAAUUGCCUAUAAAAAUACCCAACCGCUCAUGUCAUUUUCAAGGAACUUUCAGACUUCAAAAUCUCAUCAGCUACGUUACAUCCCAGAGCGUAGAAGUCAUACAACCUCAAAGAGUGGAAUAAUUGGUGGUUCAGAAGGAAAGGGAGGUGAUUUUCGGGAUACUCUUGAUGCCUUGGUUGCUGAAUCAAUCAAGGAAGAAGAUCUGGGACCAAUGAACAGUGAUGAGAUGGAUGAUGAGGAUGAGAUCUUCAUCAGCCAGUCAGGAAAGAUGCUCUUGUUUCCAUGGCGACUGGUAAAUACAAGCAGAGAAGGAUGCUCAGAUGAAGAGAGGGAGGUCAUAAGAAAAGACAAGACCAAAGUCCCUUCUGUGACCGCUAUCCUACAAAAGACCAUGUCUCCUGACAGUGCAGCAGCUCUUCUAAGGUGGGAAAGGUUCAUGAUCAAAAAGAUGGGAUUACCCGCUUUUCAGAAGUUGAAGAAAGAAAUGUUCAGCGAGGGUCAUCAACUCCAUGCAAACAUUGGACAUAUCUUACUCAACAAGCCUGAAGAAGUAGUCAUUGAGAAAGGAAUUGAAGGAUUCUGGAAGAGCAUCAAGGAGCGUCUUCCAGAGCUCGCUUCAGACUCCCCCAUCAUAGAAUGCCACACCAGGCAUCCGUAUCUUGGUUACCAUGGAUACGCAGACUGCGUCACCGAGUACAGAGGCAAGCCUUGUCUAGUUGAAUUCAAGACAUCUAGGAAACCCAAGAAGAGCCUCAGCAAGUGUUUUGAUAACCCAAUGCAAGUUGCAGCCUACCUAGGAGCACUCAACUUUGAUCCUAAAUAUCAAUUUCAGAUAAACCAAGCACUUCUGGUGAUAACCUACAAAGAUGGCUCCCCUGCUGACCUCCAUGUCAUGACCCCUGAACUGUGCGACCUCUACUGGAAUAAAUGGCUGAAGAGGCUACAGGAAUACAGGGAGAUGGAGGGGAGAAAGACAGCUGAACAACUUUAGUUAUGUAAUUUAUUUUGCACCAAAGCUCUGUGUCAGCAUAUAUGUCAUUCUUAUUGAUGGCUCUUUGGUCAGGUACAAGUCCGAAAGAGACAAGCUGCCCCAACUGCCUUUUCAUUCACGCCACUCUCUUCCCUCACUAAAUGUAAACAUAACCUGUGUUAACAAAUAAGCUUCAAAACAGUCACAUGGAAAUGAUAAUUUGAUUCUAAGGCAGGUUUUAAAGCUUGGCGGUUAUAUGGUCGGCAUAGAUAUUUACCAUUUAUAUUAACUUCAAAAUAAUAUUUAGCUCUAGCAUAGUCCCUAGUUUUUAGCCAUGAUUUAUGCUUCCUUUAGCUUUAAAUUUUUUUUUUUUUUUGCAUUUGUCAGUAUGCACAUAUAUAAUUAAAUACUUAAGAGUAUCAAAGGUGUCUCCUGUCUACUAAUCUGAAAGAUACUUGUAGUUUACACCACAAAAUUAUUUAAAAAAAGCUUCAACUUUAGAACAUGCUCUUGUUAGUAAGUAUUCAUUGCGAGUUAUUCCUUAUUGAUCAGUCAGUCGACUUGAGCUGAAGGGAGGCAUCUUACAGGUCUAUCAUGUCAAAUAUCUUUCAAGUUGCUAAGUCUCUUGUCGUGGAUAUCUUCUUUGUACUUUGUGUACAUUUUUGUUUUUGUAAACCCUUCACAAUCUAGCAAACGAUCAUUCAUUGAAACAAUGUUAAUUGAUGCUGCCCACUGAAUAUUUUCACAUUCUUUGUAAACUUCUAAACAACCCAUCAUUCUUUAGAACAGUGAUAAUUGGUGCUACCCAGUAUAGCUACCUUCUUGCCCAUUCAAGCUUUUUUUAAACUCCUUUUCAAAUACUUUUACCGGUGAACAUGUUACUGGUCUAGAUUAUAAAAAAAAUGAUAAUAUGGACUGCAUGACAUCAUUGCUUCUGCUUUGAACUGCUUAAUACUAUCAUUAGGAGCCAAUAGGCUCAAAUACUGUCAGGGUUGUUUCAUUUUAUGAGACUCCCAUUUGGAACCUCUCUACCCAAUUUAUUGGCUUAUCUUUAGUAGUUACUCAUCAGAGCAUCAUUGUCUCUAGUCACACUUACCACAUUUAAAAUGCAGGGUCUGUAUACUGUACAUUUGCAUUAUUUGCAAGUACAUGUACUUUUAUCAUAUAGUUUGAAGCUUAAUGUUUUCAAAGGAACAUGGCUGGAUGAAUUCAUAUAUGUAUAUCAGUACUUUUGCAGGAAUAUUAGAGACUGUUGCUACAAUAAUUAAGCACCCUCCCCUGUAUAACAGGAAUACAUUUUUGCUUUGAUAAAGAGAUGAAGAGUUGUUUAUUUUCACACAGAGUAUGGAUUUAUGCACUCAAAUUUUGUAAGGAACUGUUUAAAAAAAAAAAUCGAUUUGCAAUAAUGAUACAUGUAAUAAUUAUUCAGGGCCUAAAUUUUGUUUCUAUAACCAAAGUACUGAAGUAACUGAAAAAUCUGUUAUUACUUGAUAGCAACAAAGUACAAAACAACGAGAAAACGACUGUAUAUAUAUUAGAGAACAAAUAAUUUAAUAGAUAAUAGACACUCUGCAGAUAGAUAUUUACAGAACCUUGAAUGAAAAGGAGAUGAGAAUAGAGUAUGACUGAUAAAAUAUCAAAUGGAAUGUAUAUAUGUAUUUAGAAAAUUGUACAAGGCAGUGUUUUACAUUCAGUACUACAAUCAUUGAACAAAGGUAACUUAUUUUACAUUUAAAACUUAGGUAAUGUGAGCUGAAAUAUGUUUUGAUUAAAAUAUCUCAAAGCAGAAUAUA